UCGAUGAUAAAUUGAAAUCGACGGCAUUUGCACAUUACAGUUCACUAGACCAAACAAAGGACUCUUUUUUUAAGCAUCCUGAGGACAAAGGAGACAAAGGACAAACAAAGCGUCUACCGCCGAACUAGACAAACUUAACUCUUUAGUUAGCAAGGAGCAAAUUUCUGUUGUCAUUCGUUGUAUACAACGCGAAUCGCCAGCAUCAUCAUUGAGCCUGGCUGCCUGCACUGGCCACAGAUAUUAAACGUAUAAAAUGAAUAAACGUAACAAUAUACGUUUACCUCCCGAGGUCAAUCGCCUUUUGUAUGUGCGCAACCUACCCUACAAGAUUACUUCGGAAGAAAUGUAUGAUAUCUUUGGCAAGUAUGGAGCGAUCAGACAAAUAAGAGUUGGUAAUACCCCAGAGACUCGUGGCACCGCCUUUGUUGUCUACGAGGAUAUAUUUGAUGCUAAAAAUGCUUGCGACCAUCUGUCGGGCUUUAAUGUCUGCAAUCGAUAUCUCGUGGUGUUGUACUACCAAUCGAACAAGGCAUUCAAGCGUCUGGAUGUAGACAAGAAGCAGGAGGAGCUGAACAACAUUAAAACAAAAUACAACUUAAAAACACCCGAAUCUUAAAUGAAGAUAGGCCCUAAGCUCUUCUCCUUUUUUUUGGGGUGAGGAGGCCACAGCAAAGUCGUUAUUGUGCAUUGCCCAUGCUAGAGAUAUCAUAAUUACCUACCUUACUGCAAACUACGAAUUGUACAAUAAACUCUUUGAAGUGGCUGCCUGCCUUCUUGCAUCAAAACCGCUAUUGGAUGGUGUUACUCACAUAAACUUGGCCGAGAGCCCAACCAACAUCUUUUCAAUAUUUGGGGGGUCAAACAAGUUGUUUAUUUCAAAGUUCAAGGAGUUCUUAAAAAAUUUGUAAUUUUUUUCCUAUUCGUACAACAUUUUCAUCAAAGCUCUUGCUUGGAAGAAAAUUCAUUUCAUUUUAACAAAUGUUUUGCCAAAAAAAAAAUCAUCUAGUAACACUCUUCUCGGCAUCAUUACCUCUCUUAGCCACUGUUAAACUAUCGUUUUCCAUGUUUCACAUUUUCUAUAAGAUUUCCGUUUUUGUUUCCAUCUAUUUUUACAUAUUUCAUCUCAUCAUACAUCAUACGACACAUUCAUUAAGACUGAGGUUUGGGUUUUAUUUCAGACUUUGCAUUAAACCACCCAUUAUAAUCCAUCAUUAUCAUCAUCAUCAUUCUCAUCAUAAAAUAACAAGUGAAAACGUAAAAUAAUAAAAAAAAAAUUGUAAAACUGUAACUU